AUGAGCGUCGCAAGAGUCUACGCAACCGCUUGCGCGGACCGGCCAAAGGAGUAUUGGGACUAUGAUAACUUGGCAAUUCAUUGGAAUGCACAGGACAACUACGAGAUUGUGAAGAAAGUGGGGCGGGGAAAAUACUCGGAAGUAUUCGAGGGGGUGAACAUAGUAAACGACCAGAAAUGCUGCAUCAAAGUCCUAAAACCCGUAAAGAAGAAGAAGAUCAAGCGGGAAAUCAAGAUUCUGCAGACGUUGGCGGGCGGGCCGAAUGUAGUUGGGCUCUUGGAUGUGGUCAGGGAUCCUCAGUCGAAAACACCCGCAUUGAUCUUCGAGCACGUCAACAACACGGAUUUCAAAACGCUCUACCCGAAGCUGACCGACCUCGAAGUGCGCUACUACGUCUUUGAGCUGCUGAAGGCGCUGGAUUUCUGCCACUCGUGUGGUAUCAUGCACCGUGAUGUCAAGCCUCACAACGUCAUGAUUGACCACGAGAAGAAGCAGCUGCGGUUGAUCGACUGGGGGUUGGCCGAGUUCUACCACCCGGGGACAGAGUACAACGUCAGGGUCGCGUCGAGGUACUUCAAGGGCCCUGAGCUGUUGGUGGACUUCCAGGAGUACGACUACUCGCUGGACAUGUGGAGUUUGGGAUGCAUGUUUGCGAGCAUGAUCUUCCGGAAGGAACCUUUCUUCCACGGUCACGACAACUACGAUCAGCUGGUGAAGAUCGCAAAGGUCAUUGGAACGGACGAGCUCUUCGCUUAUCUGGAGAAGUACCACAUACAACUGGAUGCACGCUUCGAGACGAUAUUGGGAAGAUACGCCCGAAAACCAUGGCGGAGGUUCGUAACGCCAGACAACGAGCGCUACAUUUCCAACGAAGCCCUCGACUUCCUUGACAAGCUGUUGCGGUACGAUCACCAAGAGCGCCUGACGCCGCAAGAAGCCAUGAUGCACCCUUACUUUGACCCAGUGCGGCCGGCAAACUUCAGGCCUGGGCAGCACGCACAAGGCAACUGA